AUGAUUUUAAUAUUUUCAUUUUGUUUAAUUAAUAUAUUAUUUUUAAAUUUUAUAAAAUGUGAUAUUCCUGUUCACUGUUUAAGUAGACACGUGGAAGGGAAGUGGGAGAUUCACUUGGGUCUCUUGAAAAAAAAAAAGAAUUCGAAACAAAAAAGUAUUGAAGGUGUUACAUGGAAUGAUAGAGUAGUAGGAGAUAUAAAGGAAGAUGAACAAAAAGGAAACCACAACAAUGAUAAUAAUAAUAAUAAUGAUAAUAAUAAUGAUAAUAAUAAUGAUGAUGAUGAUGAUAAUUAUGAUUAUCAAUGUGGAUAUAAAAGACCUGACAACGCUGAUUAUCAUGAUAAUUUAAACCCAGAGAAGGAAGACACUAAAAAACGAUUUGAAGAAAAAGAUAAAAGAUUUAUCGUGUUCAAUAAAGAUAGAUCAUUAAACAUUUUGAAAGAGAACGACGAAAUUAAUUAUUCCUAUAGUGGUCAUUGGAAAAUAAUUUAUGAUGAAGGAUUAUAUAUAGAAGUAUAUAAAGAGAAUGAAAGUAAAGAAGUUUAUUUUUCUUUUUUUAAGUUUAAACAGAUAGGUGACAUUUCUUAUAGUUAUUGUAAUAGUUUAAUUAUGGGUGUUGUUAAUAAAUAUUCUUUAGAUAAUAAUAUAUGGAAUAUGUCAUAUGAAGAGAAUAUAGAAGAGAAUAUAACAACUGAUGAUAAAAAUAAUAAUAUACAUUUUAUUCAAGAUGAAAAGAAAAGUAUUUUUAAUAUUAAUGAUAAUAAUAAAGAGAUAAAUAGUAAUAUAUCACAUAUUUAUAUGUUAAGAAAAAAUGUAACUUUUUUGAAAAUGGAAAAUAAUAAAACAAAUAAACCAAAAAGAAAAAGAAAAAAAAUUAAAGAAAAAAUUAUAAUAACUAAAGGAAAUAAUAAUAAUAAUAAUAAUAAUACAAAUUUAAUACGAAAUGAUGAUAAUUAUAAUAAGAUGGUUAAAGAAAAAAAUUUUUUUGAACUUAUUGAUUAUUAUAAUGAUAAUUAUAUUAAUUCAGAUCAUUUACAGAUACAAAAAUAUUGUUGGUAUGCUAAAAAGGUGGAAAAAAAUUCUGAACAACCAACAAAUAAAAUACCUAUUCAGAGUAUAUCUCCUUUAUCUGUUAAUGCAGAUGAAUAUAAUAAAAUAUAUAAUGAAAAAAAAAAGAAUAAUAUAAUAAAAAAAUAUGAAAAUAAUAAUGUCUCUAUUUUAAAUAAUUUACAAGAUAAUAUUAUACAUCUUAGGACAAAUAAAAAUAUAUUUACAAAAUAUAAUAAAGGUUUACUUAUUAUGAAUAAUAAUAAUAAUAAAUAUGAGAAAAGAAAUAGUUUAUUUUAUAAAUAUAAAGAUAAAAAUAUAAACUUAAAAAAUUUUAAUUGGUAUAAUAAAGAAGAUAUAAAAAUGAGAUUAGGCCAUUAUAUAAAAAUAUUAGAUGAUGCUAUAGAUCAAAAAGAUUGUGGUUCAUGCUAUGCAAAUUCAGCUGCUUUUAUAAUUAAUAGCAGAAUAAGAAUAAAAUAUAAUUAUAUAAAAAAUAUCGAUUCUUUAUUUUUUAGUAAUGAACAAUUAAUAUACUGUGAUAUAUUCAAUCAAGGAUGUAACGGUGGAUAUAUAUAUUUGUCUUUAAAAUAUGCAUAUGAAAAUUUUUUAUAUACACAAAAAUGUUUUCAAAAAUAUAAAAAUAAAAAUAUGUAUCAUAAUAAUGGAGAUGAUUUUGAAUAUUUCAAUGAAUUACAAAGUGUUCAUGAUAAUUCUUUAUUAUGUGAUACAUUUAAUGUUUUUAAAAUGAAGCAUGAACAAAAUAAACGUAACAAAAUAAAGAUAAAACAACAAAUAAGUAUGGAUACAACUAAUGAUUCUAAUAAUGACGAAGAAUAUAAAAAAAAAAAUGAUCAUAAUGGUCACUUAUUAUUAUUAUCAUCAUCAUCAUAUGAAGUCAAGGAUGAUAAUAAAAAAAAUAAUAAAAUAAAUAACAUCCAAACGAACAACAAAAUUAAUAAUAAUAGUAAUAUUAGUGAGGAUGUAUUAAAUGAAAAUUAUAUUUUAAUCGAUCAAGACAAAUAUAAUAAUAAUAUUAAUACAUAUGAUAUUUCAAAAUUAAAUUCUUGUGAUGUAAAAAUUAAUAUAUCAAAAUUCGAAUAUUUAGAUAUACAAAAUGAAGAAGAAUUAAAAAAAUAUAUUUAUUAUAAUGGACCUGUAGCAGCAGCUAUAGAACCUUCAACUGAAUUCAUAGGAUAUAAGAAAGGAAUUAUAUCAGGCAAUUAUAUUAAAAUGCAAGAUGGAAAUAAAAAUAAUGCUUAUAUCUGGAAUAAAGUUGAUCAUGCUGUAGUUAUAGUUGGAUGGGGGCAAGAUACCUUUCAUAAUUUUAUUAAAAAAAAUAAUCUAUCAAAAGAACAAAUAAAAAAUUUAUCAAAAAUAAUAGAAAAUAAUAACAACAACAAUAAUAAUCAUAAUAUUAUAAAAUAUUGGAAAGUAUUAAAUAGUUGGGGUGUCAACUGGGGUAAUAAAGGAUAUUUUUAUAUCCUAAGAAAUAAUAACUCUUUUAAUAUUAAAUCAUAUAUUCUAGCAUGUGAUGUUAAUUUGUUUGUAAAGCAACAAUAA